ACGACAUGAAGGGCAUGGCCAGGGAGAGCCUCCUGGACUGUCUGGCCUUCGCCGGAGCGUGGCUCGACGGCCGGAAGCACCCUCGGAGGGCGGCGCGCGGUGCGAAUCCGAAGCUGCCGUACUGCGUCGCUCGGAUGAUCAGCAAGCAGAUGAGCGUGACGGGUCUGUUCGCCGGCGUGACGAUGAAGGACAACAAGGUGGGGAGUGAUGAUUUCAUGCCACGGUGCAGCGAAAACAACGACGGGGACGAUGAGGACGACGAAGAUGAUCGGGAUGAUGACGAUGAAAGCGAUGAGGCAGAAUUGGCUGAUAAUGCUGGUUUGAAGAUGUGCACGUCAGGAAGAGAGUUGCCAAUCAUCACGGGAGAUGCUUGGACGAGGUUGUCCCGGAGGACAUAAAAGCGCAUUCUGUUAGCUAUUACUCAUGAUCCACCGUCGUAAGCUUGCUAGCUAGUUCACUGAUAAAUGCACUGAGAAAUUAGAGCUUCACCGCGACUAGUUAGAUAGAGUCUCUGAUCAGUGCAAAUGCAAUCGCUAAAUGUUUUGUGCGCAUUGUCGCUUCUGUUUCUGUGUUUGCAGGCUCACAUGUUUGUGUUAAUUUCCAAUAAAAAAAUGGAAGUCUUCCUAAAUU